AUGGCAGAUGCUUUUGCCCUAGAAAAACUUAUCCAAGCAUUUAACCCUACAACACUUGAUGAACAGCUAGACGUAAUGUCGGCGAAGCUGGCGAUGGCAAUCGAUCUAAGCGACAUCACGCAAGUCAAUACCUUGAAGUUAUCGCUGUCCCGCAUUAUUGACACAGUCAACAAUGGUGUUAUGUCUGUAUUCCGUCAAUACUUGAACAAUCAGGUUUGGGAGAAAAUAAAUGAUAUAGAUAUGAAUAUAAGUGAAGGAAUGUCAACCGCCGAUAAGCAAUUAUACCAAGACAUACUGACAAGAGGCACUGUGAAUGGCAAACUCGACAAGGAGAUAAGAAUUGCAAUUGCGGAAGAAAAAGCUGUCAAUGCUGAAGUCUGA